UUCACAGAGUUUCUUCAGGCUCUCCCAGCUAGCCUUGCUGUUAUCUCUCACUAAUACAUCAGGAACAGCAGCAGCAGCGGUGGAAGGACCAACUACAGCUGGGAUGAAGGCAGCUUUGAAGUUGUCGAUGAGCGCCCCGCCGGUCAUCCGGCCGCCCAGCCCCUCGCAGCCGGGCAGCGGCGGCGGCGGCAUCUCCUUCCACCUCCAGAUCGGCCUCAGCCGGGAGCCGGUGCUCUUGCUGCAAGACUCCUCGGGGGAGUUCAGUCUGGCCCAUGUCCGGGAAAUGGCUUGCUCCAUCGUCGACCAAAAGUUUCCUGAAUGUGGCUUUUAUGGAAUGUAUGAUAAAAUUCUACUUUUUCGCCAUGACCCUACCACUGAAAAUAUUCUCCAGUUGGUGAAGUCAGCUACUGAUAUCCAAGAAGGUGAUCUUGUUGAAGUUGUCUUAUCAGCUUCUGCAACAUUUGAAGACUUUCAGAUUCGACCCCAUGCUCUGUUUGUUCAUUCGUACAGAGCACCAGCCUUUUGUGACCACUGCGGAGAAAUGCUGUGGGGUCUUGUACGGCAGGGACUCAAAUGUGAAGGAUGUGGCCUAAACUACCACAAGAGAUGUGCAUUUAAGAUCCCUAACAACUGUAGUUGUGUCCGGAAGAGACGGCUUUCAAAUGUUUCCUUGACAGGACUUAGUAAUAUCAGGACAGUGUCUGCAGAACUUUCACCUACUACUACAGAUGAAACUCUCCUGAUUCCUACAAGCCCUAGCUUUGAGCAAAAAUCACCUCCGGAGUCUUUUGGGAGAGAGAAGAGAUCCAAUUCCCAGUCAUACAUUGGGCGACCUAUUCAACUUGACAAGAUUUUGCUUUCCAAGGUUAAAGUGCCUCAUACGUUUGUGAUCCAUUCAUAUACACGGCCAACGGUCUGUCAGUAUUGUAAGAAGCUACUCAAGGGACUUUUUAGACAGGGAUUGCAAUGCAAAGAUUGCAGGUUCAAUUGUCACAAACGCUGUGCACCCAAAGUGCCAAAUAAUUGCCUUGGGGAAGUGGCCAUUAAUGGGGAUUUGCUUAGCCCGGGUGCUGAGUCUGAUGUUGUCAUGGAAGAGGGAAGUGAUGACAAUGACAGUGAAAGAAACAGUGGACUCUUGGAUGAAAUGGAGGAAUCUGUGGGCCAUGAUGCUGAGAUGGCAAUCAUGAACCAGAAUGACAAUGGAGAAAUGCAGGAUGCUGAUCCUGACCAGGAUGAGAGUAAUAGGAUGAUCAGCCCUUCGACAAGCAACAAUAUUCCAUUAAUGAGAGUAGUGCAAUCUAUUAAACAUACAAAAAGGAGAAGCAGCACAGUGAUGAAAGAGGGGUGGAUGGUUCACUACACAAGCAAAGACACUCUGAGGAAACGUCACUACUGGAGAUUAGACAGCAAAUGUAUUACACUGUUUCAAAAUGACACUGAAAGCAAAUACUACAAGGAAAUUCCAUUGUCUGAGAUUUUAUCUCUGGAACCUGCAAAAAACUUCAAUUUAAUGCCACAGGAAGCUAACCCCCAUUGCUUUGAAAUAACCACAGCAAAUGUUGUAUACUACGUCGGGGAAAAUGUGGAAAACCUGCCAAGCCCUCCAGCUAAUAACAAUGUUCUCACAAGUGGUUGUGGCCUAGAUGUUGCAAGGAUGUGGGAGAUGGCCAUCCAGCAUGCCCUCAUGCCUGUUAUUCCCAAAGGGGCAUCCACUGGUUCAGGACCAAGUCUACACCGAAAUAUAUCCAUCAGUAUCUCGGUGUCAAAUUGCCAGGUCCAAGAAAAUGUGGAUAUCAGUACAGUAUACCAAAUCUUUCCAGAUGAGGUGCUGGGAUCAGGACAGUUUGGAAUUGUUUAUGGAGGAAAACAUCGCAAAACAGGAAGAGAUGUAGCAAUUAAAAUCAUUGACAAACUGAGAUUUCCAACUAAGCAAGAAAGCCAACUUCGUAAUGAGGUUGCAAUUUUACAGAAUCUGCAUCACCUGGGGGUUGUAAAUUUGGAAUGCAUGUUCGAGACACCAGAAAGAGUGUUUGUUGUUAUGGAGAAGCUCCAUGGAGACAUGCUGGAGAUGAUCUUGUCAAGUGAAAAAGGGAGGUUGCCAGAGCGAAUCACCAAGUUUUUAAUUACGCAGAUCCUGGUUGCUUUGAGACAUCUUCAUUUUAAAAACAUUGUUCAUUGUGAUCUCAAACCUGAAAAUGUAUUGCUGGCAUCUGCUGAUCCUUUCCCACAGGUGAAACUUUGCGACUUUGGUUUUGCACGGAUCAUUGGAGAGAAAUCAUUCAGACGUUCAGUUGUGGGUACGCCAGCCUAUCUCGCUCCUGAAGUCCUGAGAAACAAAGGGUACAAUAGAUCAUUAGAUAUGUGGUCUGUGGGGGUUAUUAUCUAUGUCAGCCUUAGUGGCACGUUUCCAUUCAAUGAAGAUGAGGACAUUCAUGAUCAAAUCCAGAAUGCUGCUUUUAUGUACCCACCGAACCCCUGGAAGGAAAUCUCACAUGAAGCUAUUGAUCUCAUAAAUAAUUUGCUGCAAGUGAAAAUGAGAAAGCGCUAUAGUGUGGACAAGACGUUAAGCCACCCAUGGCUACAGGAUUACCAAACCUGGCUAGACUUGCGUGAGCUCGAAUCUAAAAUAGGCGAGCGUUAUAUCACCCAUGAGAGUGAUGAUUCGCGGUGGGAACAGUAUGCCGGAGAAAAUGGCUUGCAGUAUCCAACACACCUUAUCAGCCCAAGUGCUAACCACAAUGAAAACCCUGAGCCAGAAGAAGCAGAGAUGAAAGCCCUCAGUGAGCGUGUCAGCAUCCUUUAAAUUGCAGCCCUUGUAAUCUGUCAAAACACUGUGGAACUAAUAAAUACAUACGGUCAUGUUUAACAUUUGCUUUGCAGAACUGCCAUUAUUUUCUGUCAGAUGGGAACAAAGCUGUUACUCUGUUACCACCAUUGAUGUAUGGGAGUUGCCAAGACAAAUCAACAGAAGCAUUCCCCCCCCCCCAUUUUGUGUGAGCAACUGUGUUCUAUUAACAAAAAGUUCCCAGAAACACUCAACCUGUUGUUGUGGAUGAUUCCUGUUGUACUCGGAGCAUUCAAACCUGUUUCCACUGUGCCUUCUCAGACAAGUGUCUCCUCUUACUCAUAACUUUGUGGGGUACCAUGAAGCAUUUGCAGGUGGAUCGCUGGUUUUGUGUGCAUCAUGAAAUUAGUAUUGUACUUGUUUGCAAACUCUUGAAGAGUAGAUUACUACUGCUGUUCUGUGAACAACUUUUAACGUUUUCGAUGGGGUUGGGGAUUUCUGUUUCUGGUUUUUGCUUUUUGCUGUGGAACAAUAUGUUGAGAUACUGAUGCAAGGAAGCAUAUUUUUUUUUAAAAUGCAAAAGCAGCACACAGCAUUGUAAAUUUGCAGAUGAGAUGCCCUAGCAUUUUGGACACUUAUAUGGAUGCCCACAACCAGUCAUGGUGCAACCUCUCUUUAAGCCUAAAUGCCUUAGUAAUGUAAAUUGCAGCCCCUGCUUGUUCUUAUGACAUGCUGCUGUAACAUAUACAUUUAGAAGCUGGACAAUAUGUUGCCUUUGUGUAUGUUUUGAAUAAAAUUCUGCUGAAAAAUACUUUUUUUUAAAAAAUAAAUAUUAAAUUACUUUACCA